AUGGCACGUCUUGCCCCCGGUGUGCUGCGGAGGUAUCUCUUAGGUGGUCAGCUACCAUCAGGUGGAUAUCUCAAUAGGCUCAGAACCGUCCAGCGGUUACCCGCCAUCUCGAAAAGGUACCACGAAACACAAACAACUCCAGAAGUGACGGCCCAUUCUGCCGCGAUCCCGUUUCGUAAACAGCUCAAGGACGAUGCCAAAAGUCGAAAGGCCGAAGGCACAAGUAAGAUUGCAAAGGUCAACAACCAGACCUUGGAGAAGUGGGAGUUGACAGUGGGAAUCGAAAUCCACGCGCAGCUCAACACCAAACGAAAGCUCUUCUCCAGUGCCAGGUCGACUAUAGACCACACGCCAAAUACCCAAGUUGAGUAUUUUGAUUUAGCUUUGCCAGGCUCCAUGCCCCUCUUCCAAACAGAAACCUUGAUCCCCGCCUUACGGGCAGCUUUAGCCUUGAAUUGCAACAUACAGGAACGUAGCAAAUUCGAUCGAAAGCACUACUUUCAUUGGGAUCAACCUGCGGGUUAUCAAAUCACGCAAUACUACGAGCCGUUUGCGAAGGAUGGAAAUAUCACAUUAUACGCUCACGAUGGAAUCGCAAAAGAAGAUGGGGAGGAGAUAAAAAUCGGAAUAAAACAGGUGCAGAUGGAGCAGGAUACGGCCAAGACAAUUUCCGAGCCAGGCGAUAUACAUUUGUUGGACUUCAAUCGUGUUGGAUUGCCUUUGAUCGAAAUCAUAACUCUACCGGUGAUUCACCACCCAAGCACAGCAGCUGCCUUCGUUCGGAAGGUCCAAAUUCUUCUCAAAUCCGUGGAUGCUUGUGUUCUUGGUAUGCAGUCGGGUGGUUUACGGGCCGACGUGAACGUUUCUGUGAGGCGCCGCGAUGCAGAGGAGGGAAGAUAUGAAUACGCUGGCAUGAAGGGACUUGGCCAAAGGACUGAAAUCAAGAAUCUAAGCAGUUUCAAGGCUGUAGAAGACGCCAUCAUAGCCGAGCGCGACCGGCAAAUUCAAGUUCUGGAAUCGGGGGGAGCUAUUGAAGGGGAGACAAGAGGCUGGACUAUCGGACAUAAAGACACAGUUCGUCUAAGAGGAAAAGAGGGAGAAGUUGAUUAUCGAUACAUGCCUGAUCCUGAUAUCGCACCGGUUAUCAUUGGCCAAGAUUUGAUUGGUCAUUUACAGUCAACUAUGGGCGUUCUUCCUGAUGAAGAGAUUGAAAUUCUCACCAAACAGAUCGGUCUGACAAUCAAAGAUGCAAUGUCACUUCUGUCGAUUCAUGAAGCCGGCAUGUAUUAUUUCUUCCGGGAUGUGGUCGACGAGUUAAUGUCUCUUAAUGGCCAUCCUCGUGAAAGUGUUGAGGAAACGAGCAACUCGGAUGGAUACCAGAAAGACCUCUGGAGGCUCGGCAGACUCGCUGGAAAUUGGGUUUUACAUGAGAUGGGCGGCUUGAAUCACCCUGAGGCGAACCAAGAAAAUCCGCUAGAUAUGAGAAGUGAUGGAUGCUGCCGGAUUUCAAGCGUCGAAGUUGCCAAAAUUGUCUUUUACCUUGACAGGAACCGUAUUACUGGUGCUUCUGCCAAGAAAGUUCUGUCUACUCUAUUCAAAAGCAGCUAUGAGACAGCGCCGUCGGAUCUAGAGGAGGCCGCAAAAUCUUAUCCACCAGCAUCUUUGCAGUCGAUUGACGAAAUUAUCGAGGAAGCUGGGCUGUGGUUUGUCCCACUCUCUGAUGAUGAAUACGUUGACCUUGCGAAUAGCAUCUUGGACAUGAAGGUGGUCGAGGAAAUUCUGUCGGGCAAAGAGGGUAAGAUCAACUUCUUAUUGGGCAAAAUGAUGCGACAGGACAAAUCAGGAAGAGUUGAUCCAAAGAAAGCCACGGAGGUGUUAAGAAGAGUUAUUGAGGAACAUAGGAAGUAA